AGAGAGAGAAAGCGCUAUUGGUCGUCUGCUUUGGGGACUGGGAUGCAGUUCACAAACCUGGGUGAAGGUGUCAUCAUCGGUGCAAGGAAACUUUCUUUCCAGAUAACACCUGUCUAGAUGAAGUUCCAGGCCAUGUGUGAUUUUUGCCAUAAAAAGUGAAGGUUCCAUAAUCACAGAGAAGCAGGCGACAUGGGAGACAACAUACCUGGAGGAAUUGUGGCAGCUGCAAAGAACCGGCUGCAGGUGGUGAAGGGCUUGGAGGAUGUGGAGGUGUCUGAGUGCGAGAGCUGCUCCUUCGAGGUCACCCUCAACCUGGCCUUCAUCGAGGGAGUGUGGAGCAGGGAUGGGAUGCAACUCAAGUCUAAGCCCAACUGUCGCAUCAGCACACAUGGGAAGAAACACUCCCUCGUACUGAACAGAGCGGCUCUGGUGGACGCAGGCCUGUUCUCUUUUCAGGCCAAUGGCAUUGAGACCUCGGCCCGACUCAGUGUCAGAGCUCGGGACAUCCAGAUAGUGAAGAAGCUGGAGGAUGUUGACACAAUUGAGCGUCAACCCGUGAAUUUCAUGUGUGAGGUCAACCAGGUGGAUGUGGCUGGUCGUUGGUACAGAGAUGACUGCAGGGUACGACAUGGCGACAACAUCAAGAUCAGACACCAGGGUAAAACCCACACCCUGUUCUUUGAGUCAGUCAGGCCAAAGCAUGCUGGAGAGAUCAGAUUCACCGCAGAGCGUGUGUCAUCCUAUGCAACUCUCACAGUUAAAGAGCUCGCAGUCCAAAUAGUGCGCCCUCUGAGAGUCAAGAUAGCCAUGUAUCACCACCGGGGUCUGCUGGAGUGCCAGGUGUCACGGCCUAAUGCUCAGGUCAGGUGGUACAAGAACAGGAAGGAGCUCCUGCCCAGCAAGAAGUACCAGCUAAUCAGCCAAGAUGUCUACAGGCAGCUGACCAUCGAUGACGUCUGCUCCUCAGAUGAGGACACCUACACUUGUGAUGCAGGAGAUGACGAAACCUCAUGUCAACUUCUGGUGGAGGAGCAGGCGAUCAGCAUAGUGCGGGGGAUGAGCUCAGUGGAAGUGAUGGAGCCUGAGCCAGCCCUGUUCCAGGUGGAGACCAAUCUGAAGUCAGGGAGGCCUCCGAGAUGGACCCUUAAUGGCGAUGUGCUGGAGCCGUGUGCAGCGGUGAACAUCGACAGGGAUGGCACCCUCCACAGUCUCUGUCUCACCUCCACAGACAGCGCCAUGUCCGGCCCUGUGCUCUUUGUAGCUGGCAAGAGUCGCUCCACUGCUCAACUUACUGUGAAAGAGCGACCUCUUCAGGUUGUUCGUCACUUGGACGAUCUGGAUACGAAAGAGAACAGCUCUGUGACCCUGAGCUGUCAGUUUGCCCCUUCUCCCAGGGUGGUGCGGUGGUUCAAGGGUCGUACUGCUCUGAAGACCUCAAACAAGUACAGCAUGAAGCGGGAGGGGAAACGAGCAGAGCUGACCAUUCAUGGCUUGACAGGAAUGGAUGCAGGACAGUACCACUGCAUGGCUGGAGGUUCACAGACCACAGCACAUAUUAAAGUGGAAGUGCGAACAAUCAAGUUGGUCAAACACCUUGAGCCAGUGGAAAUUGAGGAGGACGGCGUCGCCACUUUCUCAUGUGAGCUCAACUAUGUGGUCGCCAACGUGGAGUGGCUCCUCAACAAUAUCCGCGUCUAUUCCAGCGCCAUCAACAGGAUCCAGCACAUGGGAACAAUGCACAGUCUCACAAUCAAGAAGUUGCAGCCGCAGGAGAGCAGGGUCACGUUCAAAGCAGGCCUUCUCUCUGAGACUACAAUCUUGAGGGUCAAAGAGCGUCCAGCUGUGUUCCUGAGGUCUCUGGAGGAUGCAGUAGGAGAAGAGCAAGGCGACGUCUGUCUGCAGUGUGAAGUAUCCAAAGAGACACUGACCCCUGUUUGGAGAAAGGAUGGUAUGGUCCUGACGGCUGAUGAUAAACAUGAAUUACUCCAGUUUGGGAAGUCCAUGGUGCUGAUCAUCCAUUCACUGAGCAAGGAUGACGCUGGACAAUACACCUGUGACCUGGGCACCAGCCAGACCAAGGCUAAAGUUACAGUACAUGAUUUGCACAUCACCAUUGUCCAACGUAUGAAGACAACCUCCGUCCUGGAGGGUGAAAGCUGCACUCUUGAGUGUCUCCUCUCUCAUGAUCUCGAUGAUGAGCCUUCAUGGACAAUCAAUGGCCAGGUGGUGGUCACCGACAGCCACAUCCAGGUUAUCAACAAUGGCCGCACAUAUAAGAUGACCAUCAGAGAGGCCAUACUUACCGACGCUGGAGACGUGGUCUUCGCAAUUAAAGACCUCAGCUGUAGGACCAUGCUCUUUGUUAAAGAGAAACCAGUACAUAUCUUCAGGGAGCUGCUGAAUGUGAAGGCGGUGCCAGGCGAGGACGCCGAGCUGAGCUGUGAAAUCACCAAACCAGAGGUCACCAUCCGUUGGCUGAAAAAUGGCCAUCUAAUCAGACAAAGCUCCAAGUAUGAGAUGAAUGUGGAGAAGAACUUGGCACGGCUGGUGAUCAAGAAUACCUCCAUCAGAGACUCUGGGGAGUACUGCUGUGAGGCGGAAGGCAUUGCCUCCCGUGCCAAGCUGGAGGUCAGAGAGCUCCAGCACACAUUUGCAAGGGAGUUGAGGGACGCGCGAGCAGAGGAAAAGGCUAAAGUGACCCUGGAGUGUGAGACCAGGCGGCCGGCAAAGCGCGUAAUCUGGCUGAAGGGAAUGUUGGAGCUGAGGUCUGGUAGGAAGUAUGUCAUCAGGCAGAAAGGUGUGGUGCUUUCCCUGACCAUCACCUGUCUGGACAAAUCGGACACGGAUAUUUACACAUGCGAUGUCGGUACCAUGAAGAGCCGGGCACAGCUGACCGUGCAGGGCCAGAGGGUGGUGAUCCUGGAUGAACUAGAGGAUGUUGAGUGUCUAGAAGGUGACACGGUCACAUUCAGAUGUCGAAUCUGUCCCAGCGACUUCAUUGGGGUCAAAUGGUACCUGGACGAGACCCUGCUGUACACCAAUGAGCUCAACGAGAUCCAGACGGUGCCCGGAGGCUACCACACCCUCACAUUCAAACAGCUCGCCCGCAAAGACACUGGCACCAUUUCAUUUGCAGCAGGGGACAAAAGAUCAUACGGCUCCCUGCUGGUUAGAGAGAGGCGUCCCACCAUCAUCAAAGCUCUGGAGGACUGUGAGGCUAUUGAAGGAGGUGGUUUGGUUUUGUUCUGUGUGACCUCCAAGCCAUGUCACAUCCUCUGGUACAAAGAUGGCUGCCUGAUGUGGAGCUCCUCCAGAUAUUCUACCAGCCGUUCUGGCUGCGAGGCUCGACUGACAAUUCGUGAGGUCUGCAACAAUGAUGCUGGGGCGUACGAGUGCAGUGCCGGAUCUGUUACAACUAGAGCUGUUGUAACCGUAAAGGCCAUCCCAGCAGAGUUCACCCAGCUUCUGAAAACCGCGGAGGCCAAUGAAGGAGAAACUGUGACCCUGACCUGUGAGUACUCUUUGCCUGGGGUUCAGUUCCUCUGGAGGAAAGGAUUUGAGGGUAUCAGGCCUGGAGACAAGUACGUGAUGAAACAGAGGAAGACAAUCAACUCUCUGACCAUCAAAGCCCUGAAGCCUGAGGACUCAGGAGAAUAUACCUGUCAGUGCCGGGAUCACCGCACAUCGGCAAGUCUCAAAGUGCACACUAUCCCUAUUUCAUUCAUACAACAACUGAGGAACAUGCAAGCAGAGGAGGGCAACAAUGUCAUAUUGCGCUGUGAGCUGUCCAAACCUGGAGUCACAGUAGAAUGGAGGAAGGGAGACGAAAUGUUGAAGAAUGGGGUCAAGUACCAGAUCAGGAAAAGGGAGACCACGUUGGAGCUUCUGAUCUGGAAGCCGGUGCCCGAGGACAGUGGUGUUUACAGCUGUGUGUGUGCUGAUCAGAUGACAUCUGCCAUAGUCAAAAUCACUGCUCUCCCAGUCACAUUCAAGCAGAAGCUGAGGAAUGUGCUGAUCGAGGAGGGCAACACUGCGACUUUUCGCUGUGAACUGUCUAAACCUGGUCGUGCUGUGGAGUGGAGGAAGAGGGGGGAUGAUCUCAUCGGGAACACAGAGAAAUAUCAUGUGCGGCAGAGAGACACGCUGAUUGAAUUGAAGAUCUCUGAUGUGACACCUGAGGACAGUGAUAUUUACACAUGCAUCUGUGGAAACAUAGAGACGACUGCAACUCUGACUGUAAAUGCUGUUCCCAUCACCUUCAAGCAAAAGCUGAAGAACCUCCAAGUUGAGGAAGGACACAACAUCACAUUGUGUUGUGAGAUCUCUAAAUCUGGAGUCCCAGUGGAUUGGAGGCUCGGAGGAGACCCGUUAGAGAACGGAGAGAAGUACCAGAUUAAGCAGAGGGGCACUGCUAUUGAGUUGACCAUCAGAGACGCUGCGCCAGAGGACAGCGGUGUAUACACCUGUGUGUGCAGAGAGCAGAAGACAAAGGCCACGGUUAAAGUUAUCGCCGUUCCUGCUGUGUUCAAAGUCAGCCUGAAGAGCCAGGAGGCUGAAGAAGGGAACAGUGUGACGUUACGCUGCGAGCUGUCAAAGAAGGGAGUCCUGCUGCAGUGGCAGAAAGAGAGCCAGGUGCUUUGUGAGGAGACGUCUCGAGGAAAGUAUCAGAUCAAGGUAGAAGGGAAGACGGCUCUAAUGACCAUUCUCAGUGUCCAACCGGAGGAUGCAGGGAAGUACAGCUGCAUCACAGGCGAUGAGAAAACCACAGCUGAGAUCAAAGUGAAACCACUUCCUGUGACAUUCAAACGAGAGAUGCAGCGCCUGGUGGCGAAGGAAGGGGACAGUGGCGUCUUCUGCUGUGAGCUCUCCAAACCUGGAGCUCCAGUGGAGUGGAGGAAAGGCCGAGUCGUCCUGAAGCCUGGAGAGAAAUACGAGAUGAAGCAGGAGGGACGUCUCACCAAACUGGUUAUAAACAACAUAGAGGAAAGUGAUGCUGGGAAAUACACCUGCCAGACUAAAGACAGCCAAUCAACUGCUGAGCUCACCGUCCAGGCUGUACCACCAAGUUUCAAGCUGCCACUAGUCAACCAGGAGGUGACGGAGGGCAACAGUGUGGUUCUGCACUGUGAGCUCGACAAACCUGCCCCGUCGGUUGAGUGGAGGCGAGGAGGUCAACCGCUAAUGAUUGGAGACAAGUAUCAGAUGAGGAAGAAGGACCUCCAGGUGGAGAUGAAGAUUGCGGACCUCAGUCUGGACGACGCUGGAGAUUACACCUGUAUGUGUGGAGAACAGAGGACGACAGCUAGAAUCCUGGUGAACGAACGGCCCAUCAAAUUCCUUCAAGAACUGAAAAAUAUCCAGGUGCAGGAGGGCAUUGUGGCGACGCUCUGCUGCGAGCUAUCCAAACCUGACACUCCUGUGCAGUGGAAGAAAGGAAACAAUGUGUUGACCAGUGGAGAGAAAUACGAGAUGAAGCAGAAUGGCUCCACCCUGGAGCUCAUCAUCAGGAAAAGCCAGCCUGAGGACAGUGGCACAUAUAGCUGCGUUUGUGAAGACAUAAAAACUACAGCCACCAUCAUCAUCACCGCAAUUCCAGUGACUUUCAAGCAGAAGUUGAAGAACCAGGAGGCUGUGGAGGAGGGCAGCGUGAUGCUGCGCUGUGAGCUUUCUAAGCCAGGGGUCCCAGUGGAGUGGAGGAGAGACGCUCAGCUUCUGAAGGAGGGAGGAAAAUAUCAGAUGAAGCAAGAGGGCAGGGUGGCUGACAUGCUGAUUAGAAAUGUAACCCUCACAGAUGCAGGGGAGUACUGCUGUUUUGUCGGCACUGUUAUGACUUCGGCUGACAUCAAAGUAAGAGCGCUCCCUGUAACAUUUAAGCAGGAGGUUGAGAAUUUGGAAGUGAAGGAAGGGGACAGUGGAGUUUUCGUCUGUGAGCUCUCCAAACCUGCGGCUCCGGUGGACUGGAGGAAAGGCAGAGUCAUCCUCAAACCUGGAUACAAAUAUGAGAUGAAACAGGAGGGAUGUCUCACAAAACUGAUCAUCAACAACGUGGAGGAGAGCGAUGCUGGGAAAUACACCUGCAAAACCAAAGACAGCCAAUCAACUGCUGAUCUCACCGUCAAAGCUCCUCCAGUCAUGUUCAAGAUGAAGUUGAGGAACUUGCAGGUGGAGGAGGAGAACAAUGUUACAUUGAGCUGUGAGUUAUCUAAGCCUGGACUUGCUGUGGAGUGGAGGAAAGGAGAGGAGCGUCUGAAGAAUAAUUUCAAAUACCAGAUUAAAACUCGAAACAGCAUCAUGGAGCUUAGCAUGAAAAAUGCACAGCUGGAGGACAGUGGAGUCUACAGCUGUGUCUAUGGUGAUGUCAAGACCACAGCCAAUGUUACCAUUACACCAAUUCCUCUCACCUUUAAGAUGGGUCUGAAGAACCAGGAGGCCUCCGAGGGAGGCAACGUGUCUCUUCACUGUGAACUGUCCAGGGCCGGGAUGCCUGUGCAGUGGUGGAAGGCGGACGACCAGCUCUAUCAUGGCGGGAGGUAUCGGAUGAUGCUGAAGGGAAACAUAGCUGAGAUGCACAUCAAAAAUAUCCAGCCAGAGGAUGUUGGACAGUACAGCUGUGUCUUUGGAGAGCAGAAGACAACGGCUGAAGUGAAUGUGAGAGCGGCUGCAUCCGUGUUCUUUGAGAAGGAACUGGAGAACCAAGUGGUAAUGGAGGGGAAAUCUGUGCUGCUAUCCUGUGAAGUAUCCAGUGCUAAAGUCCCUGUCACUUGGAAGAAGGACAAUGUUGUGGUGGAAGAAGGAGGACGGUGUAUUUUAAAGAAAUAUGGCCCCACACACUCUCUGGAGAUCCAAAAAUUGCUUCUGGAGGAUGCUGGAGAGUACUGCUGUAUCACCAGAGGCAAGAAGUCCACCUCCAAGCUCAUUGUGAGGGAGCGCGUGCGGAUUGUUGCAGAGCUGCAAGACGUGACAGUGACGGCAGGAGAGAACGCAGUGUUUGUGUGUGAGCUGAGCCAUGCGGAUGUGAGUGAAGGUGUCUGGUGGCUUGGAUCUAGCCGUUUGCAGAGGAACGAGAUGAACCAGAUGACAUGCCAGGGUCGCCAGCACCGACUGGUCCUCACUAUGACCACACCUGAGGAGACAGGCAUGGUGGCAUUUGUAAUUGAAGAUGAGAGGACCUCUGCAUGUCUGCUAGUGGUUCCUAAGCCCACAGUUGUAUUUGAGGAGGAGCCUACAGAUGUCAUAAUAAUGGAAGGAGAGACAGCCACUUUGUCCUGCACGAUCUCCGACUUUACCUCCAUCGUCAUCUGGAGACGCAACCACAUUCCCCUUCGUAAUGGCGAUAAAUAUGAGCUACGUAAAGAAGGAAAAGUCAACCUUCUGCUUAUCCAUGAUGUGGAGCCCCUGGAUACUGGCAUAUACACCUGUGAUACAGGGGAUGUGCAGAGCCGUGCCGUACUUACUGUAACAGAGCUCCCUCCAUUCUUCCAGGAAGAACUGCAGAGUGUUGAAGCUAUGGAGGGAGGUUCGACCUCUCUGUACUGUGAGCUGUCUAGACUCGGAGUGCCAAUUAAGUGGGAGAAGAACAGACUGCCGCUAAGAGCCAGCAGGAAGUAUGAGAUGAAGCAGGACGGCUGCUUCCUCCAGCUGCACAUCAAGGAGCUCAGCCUUGAGGACUGUGGCAGCUACACAUGUCGGGCAGGAAGUGCAGAGACCACUGCAACUGUGACAGUGAAAGAGCUGCCUCCAUUCUUCAACAAAGAAUUAAGAAGUGUGGAGGCUGAGGAGGGAGGUACAGCCUCCCUGUCCUGUGAGCUGUCUAAACCUGGAGGGUCAGUGCAAUGGAAGAAGUACAGACUGCCACUAAGAGCCAGCAGGAAAUAUGAGAUGAAACAAGAUGGUUGUCUCCUUCAUCUCCACAUCAAGGAGCUCAAACCUGAGGACAGUGGUUGCUACACGUGUCAAGCAGGAAGUGCAGAGACCACUGCAAGUGUGGCAGUGAAAGAGCUCCCACCAUUUUUCAAAGAGGAAUUGCAAAAUUUGAAGGCAGAGGAGGGAGGUUCUGCCUCCCUGUGUUGUGAGGUGUCCAAAUCUGGGCUGUCAGUGCAAUGGAAGAAAAACAGACUGCCUUUAAAACCCAGCAGGAAGUAUGGGAUGGAGCAGGAAGGCUGCCUCCUCCAGCUGCACAUCAAGGAGCUCAAACCUGAGGACAGCGGCAGCUACACAUGUCAAGCAGGAAGUGCAGAGACGACAGCAAGUGUGGCAGUGAAAGAGCUCCCACCAUUUUUCAAACAAGAAUUGCAGAAUGUGGAGGCGGAGGAGGGAGAUACAGCCUCCCUGUCCUGUGAGCUGUCUAAACCUGGAGUGUCAGGUCAAUGGAAGAAGAACAAUCUGCCACUGAGAGCAAACAGGAAGUAUGAGAUGAAACAAGAUGGUUGUCUCCUUCAUCUCCACAUCAAGGAGCUCAAACCCGAGGACAGUGGCUGCUACACGUGUCAAGCAGGAAGGGAAGAGACCACUGCAACUGUAGCCGUGAAAGAGCUGCCCCCAUUCUUCAAGAAAGACUUAGUAAGUGUGGAGGCUGAAGAGGGAGGUACAGCCUCCUUGUCCUGCGAGGUGUCUAAACCUGGAGUGUCAGGUCAAUGGAAGAAGAACAAGCUGCCAUUGAGAGCAAACAGGAAAUAUGAGAUGAAACAAGAUGGCUGCCUUCUACAACUGCACAUCAAGGAGCUCAAACCUGAGGACAGUGGCAGCUACAUAUGUCAAGCAGGAAGUGCAGAGACGACAGCAAGUGUGGCAGUGAAAGAGCUUCCCCCAUUCUUCAAGAAGGACUUACAAAGUCUUGAGGCUGAGGAGGGAGGUACAGUCUCUCUGACCUGUGAGGUGUCUAAACCUGGGCUGUCAGUGCAGUGGAAGAAGAACAGACAGCCGCUGAGAGCCAGCAGGAAGUUCAAGAUGAAGCAGGAUGGCUGCCUCAUUGAGCUCCACAUCGAGGAGCUCAAACCUGAGGACAGUGGCAGCUACACAUGUCAAGCAGGAAGUGCAGAGACAACUGCAACUGUAGCAGUGAAAGAGCUUGCUCCAUUUUUUAACAAAGAACUACAAAGUGUAGAGGGUGAAGAGGGAGCUACAGCCUCUCUGUCCUGUGAGGUGUCUAAACCUGGAGUGCCAGUCCAAUGGAUGAAGAACAGACUUCCUCUGAGAGCCAGCAGGAAGUACCAAAUGAUACAAGAUGGCUGCCUUCUCCAGCUCCACAUCAAGGAGCUCAAACCUGAGGACAGUGGCAGCUACACAUGUCUAGCAGGAAGUGCAGAGGCCACUGCGAGUGUAGCAGUGAAAGAGCUCACUCCGUUCUUCCGCAAGGAAUUGCAAAAUGUGGAGGCUGAGGUUGGAAGCGCUGCCUCCCUGUGCUGUGAGCUGUCAAAGCCUGGAGUGUCAGUGCAAUGGAAGAAGAACAUGCUGCCACUGAGAGCAAAUAAGAAGUAUGAGAUGAAACAAGAUGGCUUCCUCCUCCAGCUUUACAUCAAGGAGCUAAAACCUGAGGACACUGGCAACUACACGUGUCAAGCAGGAAGUGCAGAGACGUCUGCAACUGUGACAGUGAAAGAGAUUCCCCCAUUCUUCAAGAAGGACUUACAAAGUCUCGAGGCUGAGGAGGGAGGUACAGUCUCUCUGUCCUGUGAGGUGUCUAAACCUGGGCUGUCAGUGCAGUGGAAGAGGAACAGACUGCCGCUGAGAGCCAGCAGGAAGUACAAGAUGAAGCAGGAUGGCUGCCUCAUUGAGCUCCACAUCGAGGAGCUCAAACCUGAAGACAGUGGCAGCUACACAUGUCAAGCAGGAAGUGCAGAGACAACUGCCACUGUAGCAGUGAAAGAGCUUGCUCCAUUCUUUACGAAAGAACUCAAAAAUGUGGAGGCUGAGGAGGGAGUUGAAGUCUCCUUCUAUUGUGAGCUGUCGAAACCUGGAGUGACAGUGCAGUGGAAGAAGAACGAUGUGCCACUGAGAGCAAACAAGAGGUAUGAGAUGAAACAAGAUGGCUGCCUCCUCCAGCUACACAUCAAGGAGCUAAAAUCUGAGGACAGUGGCAGCUACACGUGUCAAGUAGGAAGUGCAGAGACCACUGCGACUGUGGCAGUAAAAGCACUUCAAUCUCCUCCACCAAAGACAGAGCUUCCCUCGAUAUUACCUCGAGUAAAGGGCACUGUUUCCAAAACAACUCCUACUACAGAGAAUGAGAAGCCUGGCCUCUCAGAGGUCACACCUGUACCCCCAGAGCCCAAAAAGAGAACGAAUAGGAAAGCAUCGAUUACAAAUUCAGAAAAAGAUGUGGAGCCAGUGAUGCAUCUAAAACAGUCUAUGCUGAAAGAGAAUAAAGAUGACCGAAAGGCAAACCAAGCUGUCAAGUCUUUGGAGAAAGAUGAUAUUGUACAGAAUGUAACACAGUGGGAGAGUAAUGAAGAGAAAGUCAGUAAGGUAAACAAGGAAGCUGAUGCGACAGUGAAAUUACUCGAAAAAGAUGACAGGGAGGUCGAAGAGCCACGUAGGUCUUUGGAGACAGAAAAUUACGUUUUCCUGGAGAACAGACAACCAAGAAGGAAUUUGGAGGAGUUUGUUAAUGCUGACCGUAUAGCAAGGCAGCCAGAGAAGAUUCUGUGUGACACUGUCGUCGAACAGAUAAAAAAGACAACAACUUGUCAGGAAAAGGAACGUGAAGCUCAACUGAGCUCAAAACAACCAGGUGAGCUUUCAGAGAAAGCAAGUGAUGUUGAGAAGAAUGUGAAACCUCCAGGAACACUCCUGUUGACGGACAUCGAGGACAGAAAAGAGCCUGUGAGGCCACUGCAAAAGUUAAUUGGUAAAGAAACAACAAAGGAGCAUUUAAAGUCUAAGGUAAAGGAAGGAGAUGUGGACGCAGAAGACGAACCUUUAAAACCCCCAAUAAGAUCUAAAGGGAAGAUGGCUGAGAGGAAACAACCAUUCACAUAUACUUUGAAUGAAACUGAGGAGUUGAUUCCCCAAGCAUUAAAGACUACUGUGAAUGAUUCUGAGGAAGACCAUACACAGAGAGACCGUGUGAAACAACAAGUGUCCACUGAGGCAGAAAGAGAGAAAAGACCACCGAAGCAGGUGUCUGUAAAUAACCUGGACAAACAGUCAGUAGAUCAACGAGAAACACCUUCAGAAAGAGAGGCUGAAUUUGCCCCUCCAAAACCACCUGUGAGGUUAAAAAGCAAAGCAAAGGGGGGAGUGGAAAAACAGUUAUCAAGGGACACAGAGACCGAUCAAGAAGGACAAGAGGUAACAGGAGGUGUGUUGAAAAUAACGGAUGAUCAGCCAAUAAAGCAGUCGGUAAGACCCGUGAAUAAAGACGCUGAAGAGAAACCUGGACUUGAGAGGAAACCAUCAGUCACAACAGACACUGAAAUAGAUGAGAAAGUAAAGCAACCUGUGAAAGCUGCAGAGAAAGAUGCAAACGCCAAUCAGACGAUCAAACUUCCAGUAAAACCCAUGAGAAAAGAACCUGAAGUUGACCAGGAAAUUAAAUUGGCAGUCGAACCAACAAGAAGGGAGGAAGGAAAACAGACGAUGAAGAUGAUGGAGGAUGUUCCUCUUCUUUACAUUUCUGAAGAUGAGACUUUCUCAGAGGCUUUGACCGAGAUACCGGUGAACCACACCAUGGCCCAACCCACUGGCUCUUUGACUGAGGAGUCAACUCAACCCUUUAGUCUUCCUCCAAUUCAUGUACUGCAGACGACACAACCAACCGAGGAUGCAUCGCCAGAGAUUGACAUCAGCGUUGAGGAUGAACCACAAAUGCAAGAGGCUGCAGUCAGGAUCCAGGCUGCGUUUAAAGGCUACAAAGCCCGCAGAGAUAUGAGACCUGUCUUUAAAGAGGUUUUUAAGAACCAGAGUGCAGAUGUUCACAGCACGAUCACUCUAGUGUGCGUUGUAGAAGGAAAGCCCAGUACAGUGCGCUGGCUGAAAAAUGGCACACAAAUCAGCAUUGACCAGCGCUGCCGACAUAAGACCACGGACAAUGGUGUGUGCACGCUGGUGAUCAAAAACCUGACGGCCAACGACAGUGGAAUCUAUACGUGUGAGGUGGUGAAUAAGUUUGGUGUAACCUCCUACAAUGGGAACGUAACAGUAGUGCAGCCUCAGCAGCCUGCUCCUACCGCCCAGAAACAUGCACACCCACCUCUGGCAGCCAUAACUCCUCUGCAGGUUGCCCCACCAAAGCCUCAGGUACAGGCCGAAACACAAUCUCCGGAUCUGCCACAGAGUCCAGGGCAGGUUCCCUCUGUGGUUACAGAUUCUGCAAACUAUGUGGAAAGUGUGAGCGUCUCUCUGUGGGAGGCCUACACCCUGACAGAGCAGGAUACACCAGUGAGUCCACAAGGAAGAAGAGGAUCAUCCCUCAUUGCCGCCAGCUCCAUGUCAAGUCCGUCUGAUUAUGACACAGCUCCUGAUAUAAUGGAGCCUGUUGAAAGUGUCCCUGCUGUACCCAGGGAAGUACCAAAUGCAGAAGACCAAGUAUCUCCAAAGGUCAGCCAAGAAGAGAUAGCUGCUCCACAACUUUCGAAGAAACUGUUGAAGGUCAUAGGGGCUCAUGAAGGCAGAAUGAGGACACCAUCUCCAAAGCACCAUCGCGCCCACACACCCUUAACAAGUACCAUCUCUGGAUCAGAAUCAGAAGGGGAGGAGGAUAGACGAGAGACCUUUGAAAUGUACGUGGCCCGAGCUGACUGCAGUCCCGACAGUGGAAAUAAGGACAGUUUUGUUCUGAAGGAGGGUCAGUUUGUAGAGGUCCUGGAUUCUAUUCAUCCGGACAGAUGGCUGGUGAGGACCAAACCCACUAAAAUCAGCCCUGCUCGUCAAGGAUGGGUGUGUCCUGCCUACCUGGAGAAGAAGAGAAGGGAGACCUUCCCGCAAAUAAGAGCCCCACAAGAGGAUCUUGAUGGAAUUGGGUGUACAGGAGAAGAGUACAGGAGAGCUCUGAGUCAACUGGUCCAAGGCCUGAUCAAUGGAGAGGAGGAGUUUGUGAAGGAGAUGAAGAUGUUCGCCUCUCACAAGCUAAAUUGUCUGGACUCUAGUCGCCACGUUCCCAUUAACAUCCUCAACCAGAAGGAGAUCAUUUUCAGGAAUAUCAAGGAUAUUGUGUUUCUGCAUGAGAGUUCCAUCCUUCCUGGUCUCAGAGGCUGUGCCACCGACGAUGAUGUGGCCAUGCACCUGAUCAAGCACACUGAAGACUUUGAGAAGUAUCUUCACUACAUAGUGGGACAAGCACAGGCAGAAGCCUGCAUCGCUGACAAGGCUACCCAACAGUAUUUCAAAGAGUUAGCAGAAUCUGGUCAGCCUGACGCUCCUGUCAUGGAUGUCCUCACCUUCCUACAAAGACCAGUGGAGAGGAUUCAAACCUACCAGGCCUUACUGAAGGAGUUGAUCAAGAAUAAAGCCAAAGGUGGUCAGAGCUGCUCUCUGUUAGAGGACGCCUUCUCCAUGGUGUCCUGUCUACCCUGGAGGUCCGACAACCUGCACCAGGUGUCCCUCAUCGAAAACUACCCUGCUCCUCUAACUGCCCUGGGCGAGCCCGUGCGACAGGGAGUCUUCACAGUGUGGGAGGAAUCUCCAGAAAUCAAGACAGCCUCUAGAGGGCAUCAGAGACAAGUCUUCCUCUUCAAGGAAUGUAUUGUGCUGUGCAAACUGAAAAGAGACAUGCGCAUGAACAGUGUCACCUACACCUUCAAGAACAAAAUGAAGUUGAAUGACGUGGAAAUCAAGGAGACUGUGGGUGGAGACGAAAGGUCAUGGGGGUUGUGGCAUGAGCACAGGGGCUCAGUACGGAGGUACACGCUUCAGGGCCGCUCCACACUGGCUAAACUCCCCUGGCUCAAGGACAUGAGGGAGCUUCAGCAACGCUCCAGUCUGCCCACUAACUGUCCGCCAGUGUUUGAGUCAGCGCUGUCUGACUGCACAACAAAGAUAGGUCAGACUAUUAAACUGACAUGCAAGGUCAAAGGAUCGCCCAAACCAGUGGUCAGCUGGCUUAAAGAUGGCCUUCCUCUGGAGGACGACCCCCGUCAUAUCACCACAGUGGACCGGUCAGGCAACUGCAGUCUCGUCCUGGACAGUCUCACUGCAGACGACUCCGGACAGUACACAUGCUACGCUACCAGCGCCAUGGGCACUGCUGGUACUCUGGCUACGGUUGUGGUGCAGGCUCCACCCAGAUUUGUGAGUCGUCUGGAGAGUGCCUGUCUGAUAGAAGGAGAUGAUAUCCUGUUCACUUGUUCCACACUCAGUACUCCUUUACCACGAAUCAGGUGGUUAAAAGACGGCAGAGAGUUGACCAACCAACAAAAACAUUCGAUCGUGAAUGAUGCUCGGAGUGGAAUCUUGUGUCUGACGGUCAUCUGUGCAACAGAGGCCGAUAUUGGACAGUAUGAGUGCGAGCUCUGGAAUGAGUUUGGCUGCAUCAAGUGUAAGGCAGGUCUUUGCCCAGCGUAUGUGCCACCGACUGACAAUGAGAACGAUCAACCGCAGGACUUGCCUCCCAAAGAUGCAGACUCGGAGGGCUGGUCCACUGCCUUUGUGAAGAAAUGGUUGCAAACGGAUUUCAGUCCCACCUCAAUUGCCAAGAUGCUUUUCCCUCCUGGAUCCCAAGAACAAGCAGAGUGUCGUACUGAAGAGACUGUUCCUGCCACCACCCCCGUGGAUCAGGUGGUUCAGCAGCCUCUGUGUUACCUGGAGGAAGUGGAAGAGGAGAUUUACAUCUCAGAACCAAUGCAGGAUAUUACAGAUGCUCCUCCCUCUGUCCAGGUACCCACUGAAGACCUGUGUGUAGAGCCCGGCCAACAAGCUACAUUUACUGCCAUCAUCACAGGGCGACCUGCUCCUCAGAUACAGUGGUACAAGGAUGAAGAGGAGCUUGCAGCCAAUGAGAAUGUGGAGAUCGUACAGCAUGGUGCCCGCUGCUCACUGACCAUAGCGUGCUCCGAGGGUGAGGACAGUGGCAUAUACACCUGCUUCGCCUACAAUAACUCCGGCCAUGAUUCAUGCCAGGCUCAACUUACCGUGGAGGAAGGCCCACUGGAGUGUCAGGAGAGAGAGGUGGAGCUAGGGAAGAGGAGGAAGUUAUUCUCUGUAUAUGAUGUCCAUGAGGAAAUUGGAAGGGGAACAUUCGGGGUAGUGAAGCGUGUCGUCCACAGGAGGACAUGUGAGGUCUUUGCUGCCAAGUUCCUGCCUCAGCGGAGCAGCACUCGGACGAGGUCCUUCCAGGAGAGAGACUUGCUCUCCCGCCUGGCUCAUCCCAGGGUGGCCUGUCUGCUGGACUUCUUUUGCACCAGACGCACACUUGUGCUGAUCACAGAAAUUUGCUGUUCUCAUGGACUUCUGGACCAUUUGUUACUGAGAGGAUCCGUCUCAGAGAGAGAGGUUCAGUCAUACAUUCAGCAAAUCCUUGAAGGUCUUGGCCACAUUCACAGCAUGAACAUCAUGCAUCUGGACAUUAAACCUGAUAAUAUCCUAAUGGUGUAUCCGCCCCGAGAUGAGAUUAAGAUCUGUGAUUUUGGCUUUUGCCAAGAAAUAGAUGCAUCCAGACACCAGUACAGCAUGUUUGGUACACCUGAGUUCGUUGCACCUGAGAUUGUUCACCAAGAACCCGUCACUGUGGCCACUGAUAUUUGGGCUGUGGGUGUUAUUGCCUAUCUGUGUCUGGUGUGUCGCUGCCCUUUUGUGGGUCAGACGGACCGUGCAACACUUCUGAGAGUGGGGGAGGGGACCCUGAACUGGGACGCCCCUGAUGUCACCACCAGGAGCCCUGAGGCCCAGAAUUUUCUCCACCUGGUCCUUCAGCCAGAUCCAGAGAAGCGACCAUCUGCCUUUGAGUGCUUGAGUCAUGAAUGGUUCGAGGAUGAAAAUGCAGGAGAAGACACUGAUGAAAUCAACACAAAGACGUUGAAAGUAUUUAUCUCAAAAACAAAAUGGCAGCGUUCUUUGACUUGUAUUGGGUCAGUUCUCACAUUGAGGCCCGUCCCUGAGCUGCUGGACGCUCCUCUCAGAGAGACUGCGGUGACGGUGCCUCGUGAGCUCCACGAACACAGCAGCACCUCUCCGAGCAGUGGCUCGUCAUCCGAGUACGAUGAAGCUGAUUCUUGGGACUUUUUUCAGCACUACAGCCCGACCGAGGAGGAGGAGGAGGAGGAGGAGGAGACAGAAGAGGAGUAUGAUCCUGUAGUGGAGAGAGCACAGAUCCCUGAGCCUUUUGCCAAACUCCACCUUGGUGCAGAGGAGGAGGAGGAUGAGGAGGAAUUGACAUUAGGGGAGGAAGAGGAUGAGGAGAUGGUAGAAAGGAGGAGUGUUUUAGAGCGGAGUAUGAGCAGGCAGUCAGGUGCGUCAUCAGAUGCCUCAUACCAACAGACACCUCAGAGGGAGCGUAGGUUCAGCAAGGACAGCAGUCCCUCUCUCCACCUAUCUGAUUGGGAUGAGGGUUCAGGAAGUGACGGAGGUCGUAUCCCUCGGGGCAGCGUCAUCCGAAGCACUUUCUAUAGCACCUCUCAACAGCUUUCACCCAUGUCGGCGAGACACAUGUCAUUACGGGACAAAUUCCAGGCCAAAAAGCAGGAGCGAGGCCGCAAACCACUCAGAAGAAGCUUUUCAGGACGCCUCAAUGAGCCUCUUAUUGAAUAUGUGGAAGAUGAGACAGAAACUAACCGCAGUCAAAGACGGGGAUCUAUCCAGCCCACAAUACAGAAAUCCUGUUCCUUUGACAGUGGAGUUGGUCUUGCCCACGGCAACGUACCCCCUCACAGGAGGAGCAGGUCCCUUGAUGGGUAUUCACGCCGGUCUCCCAGCUCACCUAAGCGCACAAUGCCAGGUGAAGACGAAGGUUCUCAAAGUCUAAAGGAAGAUUUCACAGAUGAUGAAGUGGCAGGAGGAAACUUGUUGGCCAUCCCCAGUCCACGUCGACCUUCAAGAAGAAGAGGGUCCAUCGCUCCUGGGACUCGCACACUGGGCGGAACAUCUGUUCCCUCGAACUUCCUGGCUGGAGACAGAAGGAGCAGCAGACUGGAUCAGGAACAGACAGAGGCGGGAAAUACUUUUGUUGGCUCCCAGGGGUCUCUGGCUGAAUCAUUUAUUCUGGAGCAAGGUGGCUCAGAGUCUUCAAGCAGACUCGGCUCCUAUGAGGAGCUGAGUCAUGGACAACUGAGAGGAAGUAACAGAUCAGGAGAGAGUGAAGAGUACGAUGAUCAGCAGGACCCUCUGAUUUCAUCGUCCCCCUGCUCAUUCCAAGAAGUCAAACCCAGAGGCUCAUUUCCCCAGGCACCACCUCGUAACCGCACCCGCUCCAACCCAAACAUAAACAGCAGAGGCCAGCCCGGCCCCUCGCUGACGCCGAGCCCCAGCCCCAGCCUCUCUUCUCUCCAGGCUCCAGAGAGGCCUCCCAGGUCCAGGGACAAGAAGGAAGGCUGCGGCCUCCAGAGGCAUGCAUCCGCUCCAGCUCUGGAAGCCCGACCGCCCACAGGAAAGUCGCCCAAGCUCGGACUGCUGAGGAUCUUCCGCAGGCAGUCUUGGACCGGCCAUUCAUACUCUCAUCUGGAGAACACGGAGUUAGGACCCACAUUAGGAGAGAUCAUGAAGCCUGAUACACCCACCAUGUCUCUGAGGAAGAAAAUGAGAGCUUCAGCCUCUAGCCUGACCAAGCUUUUUUCCAGAUCUUCCAGUAAGGAAGAUGUGAGUAAAGGAGGUCCAAUUGUGAAAGGAUCAGCUUCCCUCAAACCUGAAAAGGAGCAUAGCACUACUGGUCUUGAGAGUCCAAAAAAGAGGACCUCUAAAAUCUUGCCUUCUUUCAAAAUACCCAGAUUCAAAAAGACAAAAGAUCUGUCAGUCCGUCCCAACAAAGCUGACGUGCUCCAGUUGGACGGAGGUGGAGUCCUGUUGGUUUGGAGACCAGUAAAGUCGAGUGACCCUGUUACUUACUGUGUGCAGUACUGCACAGAUGGUGGGGGGUGGAAGGUCCUGUCAGAGGAGGUGACGGACAGCUGCCAUGUGGUGAAGGACUUACCAAGAGGAGUGUCAUAUGUGUUCAGGGUGGGCUGCAUCACCAAGUCAGGAGCAGGACCUUUCAGUGAUGCGUCAGCGCCUGUUGUCAUGGCAACUCACCCCGAAGAGACUCACAUCUCUCUCGUCCAGACUGAAACCUUGGGGUCGAAGGUCACUAGAUCAGAGGGACAAACAACACAAAAGAACUUCAGCUUCCUCUCUGAGAUCAACAGGGGACGGUUCAGCGUUAUAACCCUGUGCAGGGAUGUUGAGACCAGCCAGGUGUUUGCUGCCAAGAUCACCCCGUACAAGGCAGAGCAGAGGCAGUUGGUGCUGAGGGAGUACCAGCUGCUGAAGAGGCUUCACCAUCCACACUUGGUGCAGCUGCACACGGCCUACAUCACCUCCUUUUACCUGGUGUUAGUGGAGGAGCUUUGUCCCGGCAAGGAGCUGCUCUACAGUCUGGCUGGGAGAGAUCUGUAUGCAGAAGCUCAUGUUGCAGAGCUGCUGGUUCAGAUUCUGAGUGCAGUCGACUACCUUCACAGUCGUCGGAUCAUCCACCUGGACCUGAAGUCCGACAACAUGCUAGUGGAUGAUUGCAACCACUUGAAGAUUGUGGACUUUGGGACCGCUCAGUCCUUCACACCUGGACAGCCCCUCACCGUCGAACACAUUGAAGGCCUGUCGGAGAGCAAAGACUGCCGCAGCAAAGUUUAUAUUGUCCUUCCUAAAGCUCCGGAAAUCCUGGAGGGUCAGGGCGUCGGGCCUGAAACUGAUGUUUGGGCUGUUGGAGUUCUGUCAUUCAUCAUGCUGAGUGCCGACAGCCCGUUCCAUGCCGAGCUCAGCUGGGAGCAAGACAGAAACAUCAAGAAGGGGAAGAUCCAGUUUGGACGCUGUUACCCUGGUCUGUCAGAGGGAGCCUUAACCUUCAUGAAGAGCAGCCUGAAUAACAAAUCCUGGGGGAGACCCACUGCAGCUGAGUGUCUACAGAACCCAUGGUUGCGUGCUCACCGGGCCCCUCACAAAGUGCGACACUCCAAGUUGUGUUUCUCCACAGACAAGCUCAAAGAUUACCUGAAGCAGAAGGAGGAGAAACGAGAGCUGGUCCGCACCAAGCUCCAAGGUCCCUUCUUCCAGUAAAGAAAAAGAAAAAAAGGGAAUUUUCUUUCACCAGCAGGUUUUCCUAAAUAAUAUGCAGCCUUAGAACCACCAUGUUUCAUUUCAGCUGUUUUGUCAGACUUUUGAAUUCAUUUCAAUGUCCUCUGGUUAUGAACAUGUGAUGCGUCUUAAUGAGUUUUCAAAAAAAUGUUUCUUAUUUAUUUGGUUGUACAUGCGAGUGCUGUGGCUUUUUGUCUGCUUUUAUUUAUUUAAGUUUAUGCACCGAGUGCGAACUGUUUGUUCGCCUUGUGACAUGAGGAACAGUUGUUUUGCUCCCCAGUAUCAAACAGCUGCACGUGUUUGGUCUGACAGUAAAAAAGAAAAUGUCUGCCACAAACAGGAAGCAGAUAUUUUUCUAAUUAUUUUAUUUAAAUCUUUACAUGUUAAGCUUGCAAUGUAUAAAUGGGGGAACUGAUUAGCAAUAUGGUUUUUAUUGGAAGCUUCUAAGUUACAUGUUGAUAAUAUAUUGGGUCAGCAACCCACCUGAAUGACGUAGUGAAUGAAAGAUCUAUUAAACAGCACAGAAGUC